AUGGCUGACAACGGCGCCUGGGAAGGGUCUCGAGCUCUUCCCGGCGACGAGGAGAGUAUAGAACGGGAGUAUGACUUGCUCUCGUCUUAUGCUGAUACAACAGAUUACUACUCCCUUCUCGGGCUGUCGCGCGAUCCCCCUCCUACCGGUGCUGCGAUUCGCUCUGCUUACCGAACCCUGACAUUGAGCUUCCAUCCGGACAAACACCCGUCACACCUUCAAGAGGUUGCCCGAAAGCACUUCGGGAGGAUACAGACUGCCUACGAGACCCUCAUAGAUCCGAAGAAGCGAGUAGUUUAUGAAUUGAUGGGCGAGGAAGGCGUACAAAAAGAAUGGGGUCAGAGAGGUGUUCUGGGGGCAUCCAGUGAGGCUGAAAACAUGCAAUUGGGCGUCAAAGCUAUGGACCAGGCUCAAUUCCGUCGGUGGUUUGUGCGUAAAAUGAAGGAAAAGGAACGCUCUGUAUUGGAGGAUAUGGUCUCGAACAAGAUAGAAAUGCAACUUGGUUUCGAUGCAACAAUGUUCGAAACAACGGAAGAUAUAAUAUAUGUCAAGAAUCCUAAACUGAUGCCGUCCAGUCUUGCCCUUGGCUUCAGGCUUAAUAUUCCUUUUCCUUCCAUUCCUGUAUACAAACCGUCAAACAGCCAUGAUGAGGACGAGGAUGGACCGGCGGAGAAAGAGAGCGCUGGCCCUGAAGAUGACGAGGAGGACAUGCAACUGGUAAUUCAUGCAAACGUAGCUGGAAAUCUCCGCCGGAUGAGGCACGCCGGCCCUCUCCCUGGGACUGGUGAAGACAGAGAUAUAGAGGACCAUGAGAUCAAGAAUGCCUCACUGAAUCAUCUCUUAUUCCCAUUCCUAGGCAACUCAUCAAUCGAAGUUGGAGCAUCACUACUUCCCGUUUCCUCACUCAAUUUAACGGUGCAGAAGUUCCUCACCCCCAUCUCAGGGACAUAUCCUUUCCAUGUCACUGUGCGCACAAAUAUGAUUCACGUACCCCUGCUUUUCCCACCUCAUUUGCAUGUAUUGGUUCAGAGACGAGUGGGCCAGGGCAAAGUUAUGAUUUGCAAUUGGUCCAGCGGAUUCUUAAAUUGGCCAAAUUUUAUCUCCAAUACCUUGGGGCCCAUGAUCAACCUUAUAUAUGGUGAUUAUAAGGCCUUGGUCUUUCUAGUGGACAGCAAAUUUGAACUAGGGCUCAAAAUAUUUUCGGAAAAGUCGAUUAGAGGGACGGAUGAUGAGCACAUGGAUGAAGAUGAAGAAGAAGCAGAGAACAGCGGGACCUGGAGUCUUUUGCUUCAUUCGUCGCCAACAUCCAUACUGCUGACACUCAAUUACGAGAAAGAUCUUUUUACAACUCGACCCGAACAGCCUGCUUUAUCCCAGUGGAGCUACGAAGGUUACACUCCUCCACAGGAGGUUAUUAACAGUCCACCCGUUCGACUAGAGGUCACAGCAACUACUUCAAUGGACCUCUCCAUAGGUUGGAUGAUAUCGGGUUCCCGCAAGGUUGGCAAUUUCACCCGCAUGGGCCUCGGGAUUGGGAUGCAGGGUAAUAUGGGACUAGUGUGCUCAAUUACAUGGAGUCGAUUAGGACAAAAAUUGACCAUUCCAAUCGCAAUCUGUCCAUUGGAAUUGGUGAACACAGAUAUUGCUAGCAUGGCAGUUAUGGUGCCGUGGCUUACAUACGCCCUUAUGGAGUUUGGAUUCUGGCGCCCACGGCAGAGACGGAAGCAGAAGAAAGCAAUCGCCAAGCAACAAAGGAGAGUACAAAGACUCAUGGCUAAGCGGAGAGCGGAAAGCUUGGAAGCUAUCGAGUUGAUGAAGGAUCAUGUCACCAGACGUCAGGACAUGGAAGAACAAAGGGGCGGCCUGGUGAUUCUUCAUGCCGAGUAUGGAUAUAUACCGCCUGAAUCGACAUUCAAAAUUAGUAGGCCGGGCUCACGAGCCAAUGAAAGUAUGGUUGACGUCACCAUUCCAGUUGCGGCGCUUGUUGAUCAAGGACAACUGAACAUUCCACGUAGUAUUGUCAAGAGCGAGAUCCUCGGCUUCAGUGACCCUGCUCCAUUUAUGCCGAAGGUACUGCGUAUCCAGUACAUCUUUGGCUGGAAGAAACAUUCCGUUGAGAUACCAGACGGUGAAGAUGUGAUAUGCCCUAUGCAGUCACACCUGGUAUAA